UCCGCCCACGCGAAGUCUCCGGUCUGAGAACAUACCCUACCUGCUCAUCCAGCCUGCGCUGCUGAACCUACAGAACUGAUUGAACUGCGUAGGACAUUUUAUGGUCAGAAAAGACGUAUAUUAGUCUUUGCCUCCGAGAUUUACAUUGCGUCCAGUUCAACAAAUUGAUCCGAAUUGAUCAGGGAGCUGAACACCUGCACACCUUUGAGCAGCAGUAUUAUGGAGACAGGAGUGUGUCUGAGACAGGACACUGAGACAACACUACCAGAGCUCACUGAGCAGCACAGGAUCAGACUGAAAGAAGAGGAACUCGGUGGACUGGUCCACAUGGCAGAGUCAGAGACGUGUGCUGCAGCAGGACUCAACACUCUGGAGCCAGUGUGUGUUACAUUACACAGCGGGGAGCUGAACAUCUGCCCACCUGUGAGCAGCAGUAUGAUGCAGACAGGAGUCAUUCUGAGACAGGACACUGAGACAACACUACCAGAGCUCAUUGAGCAGCACAGGAUCAGACUGAAAGAGGAGGAACUCGGUGGACUGGUCCACAUGGCAGAGUCAGAGACGUGUGCUGCAGCAGGACUCAACACUCUGGAGCCAGUGUGUGUUACAUUACACAGCGGGGUCAGUGAUGUACACCAUACACACACAUCACUGAUUAAAACAGAAACUGAUCUGGGCUUCACCCACCCUGGGGACCUUAUUAAGACAGAGACACUAGACAGUACAGAGCUGGGAUAUGUAACCCAUCUGCAUCCUGACCAAAUCAAAACCGAGACUGAUGAUGGAGGAUACCUUCAGGCAGAACACAUCAGUGACUUGAAUAUUAAAUGUGUUCAUUUGGAAUCUGAUAAAAUGAAGUGUGAAUCCAGUGAAAGUUUAGUGAGUGAUCUCAUGAAUGCUAUGAUGAAUGGAGCUGCAGGUGAUCACAAAGCCAAGACAGAACCAUCGCAAUGUGCAGGAGAGCCAAAUCCAAACUGUAAGAAGGAAGAAAUGCACGAUUCGCUGACCCAAUGUGGGGACUUAAAUCACCACUGUCACAUAAACGGUGAGAACAGUCAGACCAGAACUCUGCGGAAAUGUAGAAAUACCAGCAACAAGUGCAUUCAUUGUCAGCGAACAAAUGAGAGAACUGAACCCAUGAUAACCAAUUCAAGUGAAAUCCCAAGCCUUUUGAAUUUCUGUCAAAAGGAGUCAAUUAAUAGAAGUGUACGUCAAAUUAAUACUGAUGAAAAGCCAUACAGGUGUACAUGGUGUGAGAAGUGUUUUGAUUUCAAAUCUCAUUUAAAUAGACAUCUGAUAAUUUACACAGGUGAAAAACCAUACACAUGUCCUCAUUGUGGGAAGUGCUUUUCCACAAAAGGUAAUAUAAAUAUCCACCAGGGAAUUCAUACGGGUGAGAAGCCCAACAAUUGUAUUCUUUGUGAAAAGCGCUUUUCCACAAAAAGUAAAUUAAAUAUCCACCAGAGAACUCAUACAGGUGAGAAGCCCUACAAUUGUAUUCUUUGUGGAAAGUGCUUUUCCACAAGAUAUAAUUUAAAUAUCCACAAGAGUACUCAUACAGAUGAGAAGCCCUACGAUUGUGUUCUUUGUGGGAAGUACUUUUCCACAAAAGCUUAUUUAAAUAUCCACCAGAGAACUCAUACAGGGGAGAAGCCAUAUACUUGUACUCUGUGUGGAAAGUGCUUUUCCACGAAAACUAAUUUAAAUAUCCACCAGAGCACUCAUACAGGUGAGAAACCCUACAAUUGUAUUCUUUGUGGAAAGUGCUUUUCCACAAAAAGUAAAUUAAGUAUCCACCAGAGCAUUCAUACAGGUGAGAAGCCCUACCAUUGUAUUCUUUGUGGAAAGUACUUUUCCACAAAAGCUUAUUUAAUUAUCCACCAGGGUACUCAUACAGGUGAGAAGCCCUACAAUUGUAUUCUUUGCGGAAAGUACUUUUCCGCAAAAGCUUAUUUAAAUAUCCACCAGAGAAUUCAUACAGGUGAGAAGCCCUAUACUUGUACUCUGUGUGGUAAGAGCUUUUCCAUGAAAAGUAAUUUAAAUCGCCACAAGAUGAUUCAUGCAGGUCUUUAAUGCAAGAUAUUUAUACUUCUGAUUAUUCAACCACAUGACUAUCCCUAGGAGUAUCCACGGAGUAGGAUGUGUUGAGGAAACAUAAUUUAACUACCACUGUACCAUUUAACUUACCAUUCCUGCAAUAGCCCUGCAAAUGUAUUCAGUGUUUUUCUUGGGUACACAGCGAUUUAACUAAAUCAUAUUAAUUUCUACCAAGAAAUCAAUCCAUUGGAGGAUCCCUCCAUGUGUAGUACACAGUAUGGAAAGUGCUUUUUCAAAGCAAGAAAUCACCAGGGGCCUCAUUUAUAAAACUUCAUGAAAGGCAUACGCCUUCCAGUGAGCAAUUUCUUUUCCUGAAUCCCAAAUCAAUUUGAAAUUGUCCAUACAUACACGAGCCCACCACAUCGCCUAGUUCACUCCCACAAUUACCCUUUAAUGGUUAAGGAAACGCCCUUAAUUAAUAUUAAUAAGCAUAGAAAUGUCCUUGAUAAUCUGUAUGUAGGCUAUGUUUGAAUGGCAAUGUCAGAGUGCAAAGCAAAGAAGAGAAAUUUAGAAAGAUAAAUAAGAAAGAUAAUUUGGACAUUGAUGGAAUUGAUUCACAAAAGCAAAUUUGUCCUUGUUUAAACGGUUAACCAAACUGAGUUGUAAACGUUCACAAAAAAUUUGUAUGUGAAUUUUUUCUGAAGCUGAAAUUGUGAGCUCAGUUGAAAAUAAAUGUGCAUUCACCACCAGCCGCAACCAGCAUGCCUGGACGCACGCUACAAGGGUUUAACUUGCCUGCAGGCUGCUGUAACUGUGAGGUUACACUGCACCAUGUCAAUGUAAAUGUAAAUCUUUAAGUUAGCAAUUAGGCUAUUAUCUGACUUAUAAUGUUGACAUUGAACUAUUAAGAUGGCCUAAAAUAACGUUUGAAAAUGCUAUUAAAAAUUGGGAUGGUAUUCUUUGACAAAAACUGAUGAUUUAUCACAUUCCUACCUCAUGUGGUGCCCGUAAUGCAAUGUGAGUGCAGUCAACCACACCGAUUACAUUUGGAAACAAGCGACAUGGCUCAGGCAGUAAGAGCAGUCGUCUGGCAGUCGGAGGGUUGCCGGUUCGAUCCCCCGCCCAGGCUGUGUCGAAGUGUCCCUGAGCAAGACACCUAACACCCAAAUGCUCUUGACGAGCUGGUCGGCGCCUUGCAUGGCAGCCAAUCGCCGUGAGUGUGUAUGAAUGGGUGAAAGAGAAGCAUCAAUUGUACAGCGUUUUGGAUAAAGGUGCUAUAUGAAUCCCAACCAUUUACCAUACACGCCAUAUGAGUACAAAUACUAAAACUCAUCUGAUUCUCUUACGAUCCCUUCAGAUUAGUUAAUUUCACAUUUGCUUUCUCAGGAGCAGUUUGCUAUUGUUGGCUAAUGUUUACACACAUUGAUUUAAUAUCCGUAUUCUAUUUCUGCAAUUAAUGUUUGUGUAUGAAUUAUAGUAUUUUUACUUUCUGUGAUGGUUGUUAAUUCUAACAUUAUUCACUAUUGUCAGUCUCAUCCAUGAUUCUGUCGACUAUCGUAAAACAAAAAAAGUAUAGCAGAAAACACCAUUGUCUGCAAUACUUCAUCCAUUUUAGCCAAUCUGUAUUGUCAUUUCUAAGAACAUUAUUAAUAUUCACUGGAAUAUCAUAUUCAGCAUGAUCAUCAUAAUAAUCAACAACAUAUAAAAGUUAUUUUGGAUCAAUCUGACUGUUGGUCAGCAUAUAAAUCUUUUUUUAGGGUCACCUUUCUCAACUGGGGGAAGGUGGCAGGAACAUUAUGGGUCCCCAUCUAUCUGUAACGUAUCUUUAUUAAGCUUUGGGAGUAGUUUGUUUAUUAUGUCUGUGUUUUUAAAGCCAAAAGUAGAAGGUAUUAUUGUCUUCCUCUUCUACCCACUUGGUAUUUUAUUGAAUAAAUGCUCCUUUUGUUUGUCAGUGUAAAAUAUAUAUAUUUGAAUUUGAAGAGUUUAGUAUUGUCUUCCAGUUUUAAAUCCCUUUGACAGCACAGAUUAUUCAUUUCUCCAUCCUGCUUCGCUUUCUUCUGUUGUGCCAAAUCUUUUGGCAUUUCAAUAGCUAUUUGCUUUUCCCAUUUUUCCAUUGAGGAUAUUUCUACCAUCAUAACUUAAUUAUAAGGGACCUUACUCUGUCUAAAAGUUUAGAAGGAAGUAAAUUAUUAAUCCAGGUCCAAUGGGAUUUAAUAGUAGGCACAUUCUUAGAAUUGAACAAAAAUGGAAAAUUCAGCCAGUAAUCAAAAAAAGUUUCAAACUUUUAUUUUGAAGCUCACUUUGAAUCAGCACCGGAAGUUUGAGUCGUAUUGGGGCAAGCUUCCGACCACCUGUCCCACUCUAUUCACACAACUGGUCGAACAGCAACUUUGUUUAAAGGUACAAUAGGAAAGAUUUUUGUGUUAAAACACUGAUACAACACCAUUGUAAAUCCCUUGUGGUAAGUACUUUUCCACAAAUGUUUAUUUCAGUAUCCACCAAAGUACUCAUAGACAUAGCCCUCCAGUUGUACUCUGUAGAAAGUGAUUUUACACAAAAAGUAAUUGAAAUACCCACAAAGAAAAGUACUGUCCUCGUUUAAACAUUUAAAUGGUUAACCAUACUGAGGAGUAAACGUUUACAAAAAAAUUGCUUCACCGAUCAUUUUUGCUGAAGCUGAAAUGGUAAACUCAGUUUAAUAUAAAUCAGCAUUCACCACCGCACCAUAUUUGGUAACGUUGGCUAAGUUACCUUACAUGAAAAUAUAUAUAAUUGUUCGGAGACCUGUUUUGGCAUAGAAGUUCAAUUAUUAGACCUGUCGCCUAUGGUAAAAUAGAUCCGGUGUUAUCAUAUUAUAUCAGGCAAAUAUUGUGUGACCACAAUUUUGUGCGCACAAACCCUGUCUGUAACAAAGUUCUUAACAGCAGCAUAUUUGCAGAUUUCAUGCCAAGUCUAUCAGGCAGAAGCCAUAGGGAAGAGGGAUGAAACCAUGAAGAAUAACAUUUUU